GACGCUGUACGCGGCCACGUCAUGUAAACUAAACGGGGAAGGAGUUGCGUACACCAGGGUAACCAAAAUAGAAGAAGACUGAAACAGCAUUUCUGCGUUGUGAUCUCAAAUUCGUUUGUUGCACCUGCUCGUUUUCCAAACCUGCAUCGGCGGGGAAUCGACAGAGCAUCUUCAGCGUCUUUAAUCUUAUGGCAAGAUGUCAGAUAUCGGGGACUGGUUUAAAAACAUCCCUUUCAUCACCCGUUACUGGUUUGCUGGCUCAAUUGCUGUUCCGCUAAUAGGAAAGCUGGGAUUAAUCAGUCCUAUGUAUCUUGUGCUAUGGCCGGAGUCAUUCUUUCAUAAAUUCCAGAUAUGGAGACCAUUAUCUGCAACAUUGUAUUUCCCAGUUGGCCCAGGGACAGGUUUUCUCUACUUGGUUAAUUUGUAUUUCCUCUACCAGUACUCCACGAGGCUUGAAACAGGAGCUUUUGAUGGAAGACCAGCAGACUACUUGUUCAUGCUUCUUUUCAACUGGAUUUGCAUUGUUAUAACGGGUUUAAUGAUGGACAUGCAGCUCCUGAUGAUCCCUUUGAUCAUGUCUGUUCUGUAUGUCUGGGCUCAGCUAAAUCGUGACACGGUUGUAUCUUUCUGGUUCGGCACCAGAUUCAAGGCUUGUUAUCUUCCUUGGGUAAUUCUGGGAUUCAACUAUAUCAUUGGUGGCUCUGUUGUCAAUGAGCUGAUUGGGAACUUGGUUGGCCACCUCUACUUCUUUCUGAUGUUCAAAUACCCUAUGGACCUGGGUGGCAGGUCCUUCUUGUCCACCCCGCAGUUCCUAUACCAGAUGUUCCCAAAUCGACGAGGAGGGGUGUCUGGAUUCGGCGUUCCUCCAAGCAGGAGACCUGUACCCCAAGAGCAGGCGGGAGGCGGCGGUGGUGGGCGCCAUAACUGGGGUCAAGGCUUUCGGCUGGGGGACGACUGAAGCCUAUGACUCUUGCGUCAAUGGAUAAAUACAGAAACUUCUAACAUCAAUGCUGCAGAAUAUGGAUUUUAUAUGUUUUGGGGUUCAUUUGUGUUGCUUUUCUUCUGACCCACAAGGAAAAGUGACGGGGGCUCUUUCCCAGCGUUACGUUUUCCUCUUACUCUCAAUGUCAUAUCACACUGUUAUUGAGUUUCACAGUGUGUACAGAAACUCUGAAAAAAUAUGUGCUGUAGCAGAGUUGGUGUAAAUGUAGGAAAUUCAGGGGACUUUGAUUGUGUUUCCCAUAAUAUGACCACAUCAUUCAACGUAGACAGGCUUCAUGUUACUUGCUCAGUCAAAUGUAGCUGAUUAAUUUCUCUAUGAACUGUUCAGUGUCAGUUGUCUGUAGCAUGGUUGUUUAGGAAUGGUCAUGGACUUUAAAUCUAAAUUUUUUUUUUUUUUUUUUUUAAAUCAACUCAUUUGUCUAAAUUUAUUACGUUUUUUUAAGCAUUGCUUAUGCUUUACAUUUGUGAAUUAACUGAAUUACCAAUCAGAAUCAGAACAUGCAGAUGAAAGUGCUGUGCAUAUUUCAGUCUGUUUGUUUUUAUACAUUUAGAUGCCAGCCUUGUAGUUUAUCAGUCCAUUUAUAGUAAAACUGCCAUGCAUUUUUCACACAUUACUGUUGUUCCAAACUAAGUUAUUCUGUGAUACAUACACACACACAGUCUGAACAUUUUCAGAAAUUGAAUGUUUUAAUGAUUCGCAAACAUUAUCCAGAGACUAGAAAGAAAACAGUUUUAUAAUUAUUUACACACUGAAAGUUAUAUUUAUGGGCUUUCAGUGGUUAUCAUAUUUGAUUUAGUAUGCACUAAAUGACACAUUGAUUUAAUAUUAUGCCCCUCAACACAUUGUUUUGAUAAAGGUGCUUUACAAAAUCCCAAUACCUUUGUGUUAAAAUUAUACAUGGUGAUUUUGCCAAAAAUCCUUGUCAAAUAAAAUUUACUACUGUUCUAAACUACAA